UUUUUUUUCCCCGUUUUGGGAUAUUUUUAUAGUUGUUGGAUUAAUGUGACGGGAAGCAGGGGUUUGGAAUCCUCUUUUUUUUUUUUCUUUUCUUUUAUGUACAAGGAUUGAAUUAUAACAUCUCAUGUAAGUUCUGUUUUUGGCAACAUUUCGUUACUUUCGCGGCAUUGAAGGUUGGAAAUUUAUACUGGCAUAUAAUUUCUUUUUAACGAUUGAACUGGUGGAUAAUGGACAAGACAACUGUAGCAAUUACUAUUUAGCACUGUUUUUUGAGAAUACUUAGAUAUCUUGAUUAAGUACAGUACUCUGUUCUCUGAUAUAAAAAGGAGCCACAAAUAUUUCUUGUUUUAUUAGUUCUGAACAAUUUUAUGUGUAACCUAUUUUGCACUUUUGAUUUAUAAAACAAAUAUUGUUCAUUUACCUAAAUUUUAUAGAAUUUCAUCUGCAAGCCUCGGUCCUUUUGGAAGUAUCCGGCCACCGGUUUUAGUGGAUGUAGUACUGGCUCAUAUGGCUUUUAUCUUAGUUUUACGGGUUCCCAUUAGUCAAGAGGUUAGGUAUUUUAUUGCUUGAAGAUAAAUUUAGUUCUUGUUUGUCAUUGUAUGAAUGUUGGUUCUGGGAUCUUUCCUACUGAUGAAAGCUUAAAAAGUGUUUAAUAGGAGUCUCCAGCUCCAUAGAACUUUUAUUUUUGGAAAAGACAAAAUAAAGCAUGAGCUACCAAAUUGUUAAUGCAGGAUAAUCAGCUUAGGCCCUGUUCUAAGUCAAAGCCAACAGUUAACUUUUAGUCCCAUAUUUUAUCAACUUUUAUCAAAAUUUGCUAAAAAUAUGAUUUAAUCUACACCAAACAGGGGCUUAUAUGCUUUUUGUCUUUGAGAAAUACCAACAUUUAACUACUUAAGUUCAGAGUAGUCUGAAAGUGGUUCCCACUUGAUUCUCAAAUUUAUAGUUCAAAUUUUGACCCUUUUUUUGGUUCCAAAAGCUUGGAUUCGAAAAUCUUUUUUGACUGGGCCUCAAUUUGUAAUCUACUAAACACAAAAAUUCAUUUUAGGUUAUUUUUUAAUUUCGCGUGAGCUUUUACAUAUUUAGGCUUACAAGAAACAUGUUAUGCAUUGCAUACAUGUAAUUUAGUCUCCCCUUGAAGAGGGUUAAAUAGGUAGUCAAACACUUGAAGCAAGCAAUAGACUAUCAGUUCUAUAUAACUUGUGUCUUCAAUGAAUGCCUCCUGAUGAAUAACUUAAGAUAUUUAAUCUUGGGCGUCUGGUUUGGCUGCAAAUAAAUCUGCCAAGCAGGUUUGUUUUCAGGAGGAAUUUGUUGCAGUUCUCAGAAAUUGCAUAUUAUUAAUAUUCUCACAACUGGUAGCAGAAACAAAAAGCGUGUUAUCCUCCUCACAGGCUUUUGUAGCGGCUAAUCAUAGGGAAUGCAUAGUUUGAUUUUGCUGCAGUAAAAACGCAAGUUUUGAAGUCAAUAUUUGUAGUUUCCGAACAAGGUAAUUGCUAGGAACUCUUUGUUACAUUCAGAUUUUGAAGACACAAAAUCACAACCUUCAGUCUAAAAUUGCCAAAUACUCCCUCCGUCCAAUAAAAAUAGGCUUACUUUCCUUUUUUGCAUGUCUCAAAUUAUAGGCUACUUUCCUUAUUGAGAGUAUGGUUGAUUUUUUAGUUUCUAAUAUGCCCCUAUUUAAUAUGCUUUAUUUUCAACAAAUAUGAAUUACAUCUAUUUAAACCAUUAUUUAAUGUAGGGGAAUAUCGGAUAAAAUGUAAGAAAAAUUUAUAUUUCCAACUAUGCAUUUUCUUAAUUUGUGUAAAAAUGAAAACAAGCCUAUCUUUGUGGGAUGGAGAGAGUAUCUUGAUAACUUGUUUUGUACAGAUUGGUUGUACGGUACAUGUUCUGGGCAUGUCUGAUAUGCUGGAUUGUAUAUGACUAACCAGAAAAUGGACAAACAUCUCAUACGCCUCUUCCUUAAUCCUGUUUCUUUAUGCAAGAGUUGAGUGAAUUCAUAUAGGUUGCUGUAAUGGACAUAGAUCUGAGAUUGCCUUCUGGAGAACAUGAUAAGGAAGAAGAUGAACCGAAUGGUUUUGUUAGUAUGCUAGAUGGUGAAGAGAAACCUCUCAGCAUAGUUGGAGUUAGUGGCGAUAUGGCAGAUGUUAGUGAAAAGUUACAGACUGAAGUUGGAGAGGACAUGAAUUCUAUCGUAGCAGAUAUAGAUUAUAAUGAUGUGACAAAUCUUGAGCCACUUCCUGGUAUGGAAUUUGGCUCACACGGGGAUGCAUACGCUUUUUAUCAAGAAUAUGCUAGGUCUAUGGGAUUCAAUACUGCAAUUCAGAAUAGCCGCCGUUCAAAGAUAUCAAGGGAAUUCAUCGAUGCAAAAUUUGCAUGCUCUAGAUAUGGCACAAAGCGUGAAUAUGAGAAACCUCUAAACCGGGCACGAAGUAGACAAGGAAGUAAGCAGGAUCAAGAGAAUGCUACAGGUCGGCGAGCAUGUUCAAAGACAGAUUGUAAGGCAAGCAUGCAUGUUAAGAGAAGGCCGGAUGGUAAAUGGAUAAUUCAUAGAUUUGAGAAAGAGCAUAACCAUGAACUACUACCUGCCCAAGCUGUAAGCGAACAAACAAGAAGGAUGUAUGCUGCAAUGGCCAGGCAGUUUGCUGAAUACAAAAGCGCGGUUGGUUUCAAACAUGACUCCAGUAGUUUAUUCGAUAAAUGCAGGAAUAUGGCUCUGGAAGUGGGAGAGAUGAGCAUGUUGCUGGAGUUUUUUAUUCAGAUGCAGAGUCUGAAUCCCAACUUCUUUUAUGCAAUAGAUGUUGCUGAAGAUCAAUGCCUAAAGACUCUGUUCUGGGUUGAUGCCAAAAGUAGGCAUGAUUACGUCUAUCUCAACGAUGUUGUAUCUUUUGAUACUACCUACAUCAGAAACAAGUAUAAAAUGCCUCUUGUUCUUUUCAUUGGGGUCAAUCAACAUUAUCAGUUCAUUCUACUUGGAUGUGCUUUGGUAUCUGAUGAAAGUGCAGCUACAUACUCCUGGGUUAUGAAAACAUGGUUAAAAGCAAUGGGUGGUCUAGCUCCAAAAGUAAUCAUUUCUGACCAAGACAAGGUUCUGAAAUCAGUAAUUUCAGAGGUUUUUCCAUCUGCUUUCCAUUUCUUCUGCUUGUGGCAGAUAAUGGGGAGGGUUUCUGAAAUGCUGAAUCAUGGAAUUAAACAGAUUGGAAAUUUCAUGGUGAAAUUUGAAGAGUGCAUUUACAGGUCAUGGACAGAUAAGGAGUUCGAAAAUGGGUGGAAUGAAUUGGUUGACAACUUUGGACUCAAAGAAAAUGAACUGUUUCAGUCGUUAUAUGAAGAUCGAAGAAAAUGGGUACCAAUAUUAAUGAAGGAUGCAGUUCUAGCUGGGAUGUCUACAAUUCAGAGAUCGGAGAGUGUGAACUCUUUCUUUGACAAGUAUGUACAUAAGAAGACCACUGUGCAAGAAUUUAUAAAACAAUAUGAAACAAUUCUACAAGAAAGGUAUGAAGAGGAAGCAAAGGCAUCAUCCGAUACCUGGAACAAACAACCCGUUUUGAAAUCUCCCUCACCAUUUGAGAAACAGUUGGCUGGGAUAUACACUCACGUUGUGUUUAAGAAAUUUCAAAUUGAAGUCUUGGGUGGAGUUGCCUGUAUUCCCAGGACUGAGGAUCAAGUUGAUGCAACCAUUACUUUUAAAGUUCAAGAUUUUGAAAAGAGUCAGGAAUUUAUUGUCACGUUGAAUGAGGCAAAAUUGGAAGUAACCUGUAUGUGCCAUUUAUUUGAAUUGAAAGGUUUUCUUUGUAGGCAUGCAAUGGUGGUUCUUCAAAUCCAUGGCAUUUCUGAUAUCCCAUCACAAUAUAUUUUGCAACGGUGGACGAAAGAUGCCAAGAGCAGUUACUUAAUGAGAGAGGGAUCUGAACAGGUUCUGUCGAGGUUGCAACGUUAUAAUGAUUUAUACCAACGAGCAAUGAAAUUGAUUGAAGAAGGAUCAUUGUCUCAGGAGACUUAUAAUAUAACGCACCGUGUCCUUGAUGAUGCUAUUGAGAAUUGUUUGUGUGUCAACAAGUCGAAUAAAAAUCUUAUAGAAGCUGGUACAUCCAUGUCACCAGGUCUUCUCUGCGCUGAAGAAGAUAAUCUAAGUGGAAAUAUGAGCAAGUCAAAUAGGAAGAAGAAUUCAUUGAAGAAAAGGAAGGUGAACACGGAGGCGGAUGUCAUGACUGUUGGAACUUCUGAAAGCUUGCAACCAAUGGAAAAAAUGAGUUCACGGCCAGUCAAUCUUGAUGGAUUUUAUGGAGCUCAACAAGGGGUGCAAGGAAUGGUACAGUUGAACUUGAUGGCUCCCACGCGCGAUAACUACUAUGGGAACCAACAGACCAUUCAGGGACUAGGCCAGCUGAACUCUAUUGCAACUACACACGACGGCUAUUAUGGCAAUCAGCAAACCAUACAUGGAUUGGGUCAAUUGGAUUUUUUCCGCACUCCAAGUUUCACAUAUGGCAUUCGGGAGGAUAGUAAUGUAAGAUCUGCUCAAUUGCAUGAUGAUGCAACAAGACAUGCUUGAGGACUGCCUUCCUAGCUGCUAAGAACAGCAGGGAUAUUUCAUUGAGUGAAAUUGUUCAAUUUUCGUUUUCUUUGUGGUAGAUGGAAAAUUUGCCGAGGAUGAAAAUUUCACUUGUUCGGAAAAUAAGAAAGUUUCGAAUGCAGCCUUUAACUUCGUCGCAUCUGGUGUUAGGGAAUGUUAUAAAUUAUGGUUUCUUGUUGUAUAGUUUGCUAUAGCAAUUGUAUCAGUAGUUGAUUCAAGCAAAAGUAGGAUUGCUUUGAAAUGGAAUAAUCAGUGAGUAGUUUUUAUCUGUGGACUAGAAAAUAUAUGCUAGAAAGAGAGUUCCAUUCAUUUUA